AUGUCUGAAAAAGAACCUGAUGACGCAAAAGAAAAUGUUGUUAAGAAUGAAGGACAAGAAUUAGAUUCAGAGGUAACAGGCGAAGCAACAGAAGGAGAACAUGGGGAGACACAACAAGGAGAAGAGUAUCAAGAAGCUGAUGAAGAAGGAGAAUACGAAGGUGAGGCAGAAGAAGAAGAGUCUAUACUGACAUUGUAUGACCCGGACGACUACAUCUCGGGGGCAGUCACGAGCCCACAGACAACUAUUCCGGCCGAUAUAUUCCAAUUCGAGUAUCCUUUUCAUGCAAUAACGUUACCUAUUUAUGAACUUAUUGAUGGCCAUAGACGCUACUCACGAUCUGGGUAUAGAUAUGUGCAGUUUUUUGAGGAGGAUAAAUCGUGA